CGUGAAGUUGUGUCAAUUAACAAUAUGAGCAAAUACCAUAUCCACAUUAAGAAGGUACCUACUCUUAUUUAAAUAAUUCUUGGUGUUAAUUCUAAUUCGUGCAGCAGUUAAUUUAGGACGAAAUGGAGAGGGAACAAUUACAAAUGCUUCGGUCAACGUUCGACGCGUUCGAUAUCGACAAAAAGGGCUACAUCGAACCAGAAAUGGUUGGUAUUAUUCUCGAUAUGUUAGGAACCCAAAUAAUGGGCGACGAGCUUGAGAAAAAGCUAUUAUUUCAGUCGAUAAUAGCGGAAAUUGACGAAGAUGGAAAUGGGGAGGUAUCGUUUGAAGAAUUUUCGAAUAUGGUCGCCCGAUUUCUGGUUGAGGAAGAGGAGGAUACGGCCGCAAUACAGUUGGAACUUAAGGGUGCCUUUCGCUUUUAUGAUAAGGAAGGCAACGGUUUUAUCACCACCGACGUUUUGAGGGAGAUACUUAAAGAGCUCGACGAUAAGCUUAGCGAUGAUGAGUUGGAUAACAUGAUUGACGAAAUUGACGCCGACGGUUCUGGUACUGUAGACUGGGAUGAAUUUAAGGCGGUAAUGAUCGGUUAGAUGCAACUGUGCCCGCAGAGGACAAAUAUUAUAUCAUUCCUGUGUGUAUUAAUAAUGGUAUUAUGUCACGGAACCCCUUUCAAUAAUUAUACCUAUUUGUACGAUACAAGCAGCGUUUUUCAUUAAUUAAUCAUGCGAGUUACACUUGGAUGCAUAAGCAAAAUUGCAAUAAUGCAACCGAGGUUUUUGUGAAUAAGUCGGUUUAAAAUUCAUAACCUGUCAUUAAGCGAAAGUGUUUAGUCAUUUCAAACGAAAAAAAUAGGUAAAAGUUAAGCGGUAAAUACGGACAUUAAUGUAGAAAAGGACAUCAUUACAACCGAACAGUAGGCGCGGUACCCAAAUAAAAGAGUUGAGCGAAGUGCUAUUCAUUCGAAAAGAUCUUAUCUUGAAUCAAUAUUAAGUGAACCAGGAAAUCAUACUGUAUAAUUGAAAAUACACCAAUCCCCAAUCUGCUUGCAGUUCCAGUUUAUCACUGCUGGCAGACUAUAUUUCGAUACCACUUGACUGAAUUUCGACCAUUUAGGUACAGGUUGGUACAGGGAAAUUUAUCUAUUUUCGCUUUAUCGUUUCCUUAUUGUUUUCUUACAAAACGAAAGAGAAACGUCAGGAAAAUACUCGCGAAAAGCGAUAGGUAAACGAAAUUGUGCAAAAUGUAGGGAAUACAUUAUAAAGUUCGUGUUAAAAGUGUUGCUGAUUGGGGGAAGACAAUUUAGUUUCUGCAUAUUGAGGCAGUCCGAUCUUUUACACAUAUUUGUUCCAAAGGUUCUAGCGGCUAAGUUCCAGUCUAUACAGAUAAUGCGUGUUUGCCGUUCAAUAAUAGUAUUGUAGAAUUAACAUUUUGAGAAAGCACUGAUUAUGCCAGAAAAUUAGAGAGAUAAUGCAGUUUAUCGUUAACACAUUCUAGUA